UCACUGCCUCUGUCUGUGGAACGAGGACGUGACAUUUCUGCAGUAUCUGCCUCAUUUGAAGGAGAUCAGAGUCGCUCCUUAAUUGCAGCAGCUAGUGAUGAGUCUCAGGCAAGUGGCCGUGAGCACCCAUCCCUUGCUGAGCUGGAACAGACAGGAGACAUGGCAGUCCUGCCCCCUUGGCCAGAAGAACAAGAGCCUAUGAUCAGUCCAAUUCCUCUUCAGCCAGAAUUAGAUCUAGGAGGAGAACCUGUGCCUGCUGGUGGUGUAGAAGAUACUGAAAGACAGGCUGCCGGAGGAGACACUCCAAGAACUCAGGUUCUAAAGCUAGUGACUUCAAGCUUGCGGACAACUGAUGACUGGACGACGUUCAGGACAAUUUGUCCACCUGCGUCUUUCAACAAAGAACAAGCUGCCCGAAUGUUUAUGGCAGUCUGUUGUUAA